UUGUUGGGUAAUAAUAUUUCGAUCGGAUCUCGGGUACUAAAAGCCCGCGUGCUUUCUUCGUCGCCCUGUCCUCCGUGAGGCCCUGCGAAACCCCAACUAAUCGACGCCAGGUAUUGCCGGAAUCGGCGCCGUCUCGUGGUCUUCGCUAAAGAAAUCGAUUAGCGGAUUACUGACAGUCGGCGCAAUGGUGAAGACGACGAAGGGAGGUAAAACCAUGAACCCUACCGAUGCUUACCGCAAGGAGCUUCGCAAAAAGGAAUUGAAGCGGAACAAAAAGGAGCGGAAGAAGGUGAGGGAAGUGGGACUCUUGAAAAAGGACCCUGAUUCAUUGAGACAGCAGAUUCAGAAGCUGGAAGCAAUGAAAGCUGAGGGUCCUUUAGAUAAAGCAAGAAAGCACAAAAAGAGGCAACUUGAGGAUACACUGAACCUUGUGAUCAAGAAACGAAAGGAAUAUGAAGACAAAAUGAAGGAAAAAGGUGAAGCACCAGUUAUGUUCAGCCAUUUGGGACCUGUUCGAAGGCGUGCUAGCGCGGAAGAGGAAGAAAGAGUCAAACAUCCUAGACCCGAAGAUUCAGUCUACUAUCAUCCAACCUUGAAUCCUUCGGGAGCUCCUCCUCCUGGAAAGCCUCCAAUGUUCAAGUCAUCCAUAGGACCAAGGAUACCUUUAUCAGAAGCAUCAACAAGUAAUACUGCAUCAGAUUCUAAGACUGAAGAAGAUGAUGAAAAUUUACCCAUGCCUCCUUUGCCACCGCCUCCACCACCCCCUUUGCCUGGUGCAGCCUUAGAUCCUGGAAGUAGCUCUGGUUUGCCUGUGUCAUUGCCAUUGCCUCCUCCACCACCUAUGCCUCCAAAGCCAGCAGUCACUGACGCUACUGUAUCAUUACCACCACCACCACCACCUCCACCUGGUCCGCCUCCGAAAGAAAUACUUUCUGUUCAUCCUCCACUUCCUCCACCUUCAUCAAUUACCCAAUCUACUCAACCAACCUCCCUGGGUACUGAUGGAAGUGAGAAGCCUGCAAAAUCAGAAGAUGACUCAGCCUCAAGAGAUUCAGUUCAGAUGCCAUUGCCAAAUAAUCUUCCCCCGCCACCACCUCCGACAUCUAUGCCUCCAGAGUUGAGCAGCAAUCAGCCUGAGGGAUUGUCUUCUAACUCUGACACAAAAUUGCCAAUUGAUGCCCAAGAUUUAUUAAAACUGGCACCACCUCCUCCACCACUUCCAGUAAGGCAACAGCCACCCAUGCCUGGAGUUGUGGUCGGUGCAAAUGUAAGACCUGAUGUAUUGCCUCCAGGUAUUUCUCACUUUCCUCCACCACCUCCUCCAAUGGAAAUGCGCCCUCCAUUGCCUCCAACUGGAAUUCCUGGGCAGCCUCUUCCUGCUGGAGUGAUGGUACCACUAUUACCAAGACCACCUUUUGGACCUCCACCUGGGCAUCCUUCAAUGAUGAGACCACCACUCCCUCCUGGUCCUCCACCUAUGUUACAAGACGACUUUACUGCUAGACCUACCGUUCCUCAGAAGCCAUCUUAUGUUAAAUCUGCUGCAUCAACUGUUGUAAAGAGGCCUCUGGCACAGCAUACUCCUGAGCUAACAGCUAUGGUUCCUGCAUCUGUCCGAGUCAAGAGAGAGUCUGCCCUCCCAAAACCAAAGCCCAAGACAUCAUCUGGUUUGCCUACCAACCCGCCUGCCCCACCCCGACCUGUUGCAAAGCAAGAAUCCACCAGUUCAUCAUCCUCUGCACUCAAGCCCCAAAGCAUUGAUGACUCGUAUACGGCAUUUUUAGAGGACAUGAAAGCUCUCGGUGCGCUCGACAGCUGAAAGGAAACAGCAUGGUUCCAUUAGAAAGUAGACAAAGUCAUGCGCAAAUCGCUUCGAUUCACUCCGGCGCUGUUUUUUCUUGUAGAAUCAGUAUUCUCCUGCUGGUGCUGUUCUGAACAACCUGGAGUUGUUUUAAUGGGGACUAACUCCAGAAAGGAAUCCAAUGUUAGUCUGGUGAAGUUUGAGUUGUAUUUUAAAUCUCAUUUAAAUCCUCACCCCCAAAAAAAGUCAUGUUGAUAAAUUCCAUGUUUUUAGAACCAAAUUUUCUCAAUGUCUUUACAUAAAUCAUCUUUUGCAAUGGCAUUUAAAGCAUGUUAGACACAACUCAAUUUUGAUUUG